AUGAACAGCUCCCUGCGGCCGGGCCCCAGCCGCUGGCGGCGGGCGGCCAGCAUCGUGCUGGCGGCAGCCUGGACGCGCCCGGAGACUGCCACCCCGCCGUCGCGCCCGCCGCCCGCCGAGGGCUUCCGGCUGCUGCUGCUGCAGCGCUCCCCGCACCAAGGCUUCAUGCCGGGCGCGCACGUCUUCCCGGGCGGAGUGCUGGACGCAGCCGACCGCUCGGCGGACUGGCUGGGCCUCUUCGCGCCGCACCAUGGGCCGCCAGGCUUUGGCCUGGGCCCAGCGCCAUUCAGCCGGGCCGCUUUCCCGUCGCUACCCCACACCGGUGACAGCAACGCCGACAACACUGGGGCGCUGCCUGAGGACGUAGCCUUCCGCAUCUGCGCCGUGCGCGAGGCCUUCGAGGAGGCGGGCGUGCUGCUGCUGCGGCCCAGGAGUUCCCCGCCUGGCCCAGCACCAGGGCCCGGCCUCGCCCUGGAGCCGCCCCCGGGCCUGGCAGCCUGGCGCGCCCGCGUGCGGCGGGACCCGCGCCACUUCCUGCGGCUGUGCGCCCACCUCGACUGCACGCCCGACAUCUGGGCGCUGCACAACUGGAGUGCAUGGCUUACCCCUUUCUCGCGCAGCGCCACUCGCCGCUUCGACACGGCCUUCUUCCUGUGCUGCUUGCGCGAGCCACCGCCUGUCUACCCCGACUUGGCGGAGGUGGUGGGCUACCAGUGGUCAUCUCCAUCGGAGACAACUGAAAGUUUCUCAUCAAAAGAAAUUUGGUUGGCACCCCCACAGUUCUACGAAGUGAGAAGACUUGCAAACUUUGCCUCUUUCUCUGACUUGCACAAAUUUUGUUUGGGUCGUGCAUUAGAAGGACUGGAAAGGUGGCUGCCUAUCAUCUUGUUAACUGCUGAUGGGAUGGUCCAUCUUUUACCAGGUGAUGAGCUAUAUUUAGAAGAUUCAGACUUUUUGGAAAAUCUUAUGUCUACUGAAAAAAAGACUGAGGAAAUCAUGAAAGAAGGCAAGCAAUUUCACCGGAUAGUGAUACACAAUCGCCACCUUUAUGAUAUCCAUGUGACUGUUCAGUCAAAGCAUAAGCACGUUUAUCCUAAGAACUCGGUAGUAAGUAAGAGCCAUUUGUAGGGUGCUCAAGCUUGUUGGUAAAAUGGCCUACUUGAAGUCCUCAUGAAUAAUGAGGGUUGAAUUUCAUUUGCUUGAAACUUAAGGAAGUUUGUGCCUAUAA